AGAUUGAGAUCCGUCUUUUUCUGACCCAAUGGUCAUGCACUUUACCUGAGAUGACGACACAUCGCCUUGUGCUACGUUUCUUGUCUAGAUACAUUGCAAGUAGAAAAAGAGCCUAGUUCUGCUAUGCUGGUGUCAGAAUAAUCAAUGCGUGAAAUUCCAAGGCUUGGGGACUUUCCCGGUAACAGUUUUCAAAACGGGGUCUUCAUGAAGGUAAAGUGGCCACCAUUUUUACUGUUAUGAUAUUUAUGUCGUAUUUUAUCCAUUUAAACUGAAUCUACUAGUAUUGCUUGAAAGAGAUUAGUACAAAUAAACUAUUUACAUCUAUAGGAAAGCAAUGUUAACAAUGAUUUCGAUUCUGUACUAUUAUUACCUUGCUACCAAUCAACUACAAUAUAAAUCUAAUGCAGACUUACUAAUUGUUGCUGUUUAAUUAUUCCUCAGAUUUAAUUUAUAUCAUAUUCUGUUUUAAUGGUGUUUGUAAUAGAUAUGCUCACUUGCAAUUAACCUAUUAGAAAGCUCAUUGGAUUCCCGGUCUGUUACUGUUUUAAAUGUCACUUGGUACAAAUUGACAUUUGUUUACAAAUUGAAGAAUCGUCCAAGUAGACACUCAGCUUGUCAUUGUGUUGGAUGUGUCGUGUCUAAAUGUGACACAAACAAAAUGACGAGCUUUGUUAAAUGUUUUAUUUGUUAGAGAUAAUCCAGUAGUUACACUCAUAGGGAAAAAUCCUAUAGUUUUUCUUCCCACACACAACACAGUAUUUAAACUUAAAAAGGCCCUAAUCUAUUUGAGAUAUUGGGCCCUUUGGGGUUCCUUUUAUAAAGUUUAGAUAGUAUAUAUCAUUGCAAAAUAUUUCUUGGGGGCCCUAAGCUAUAGCUUGUGUUGCCUAUAGAUAAAUCUGGCCCAGUUCAGACACUAUGUAAUAGUGUCUCCCUGAAUGGAAGGAUGGGGCACCAAUGAUAAAUCUUUCACCAUUUCUCGCCAUCUGUCUCAUUUCUCUGUUCUAAUGCUUGAUGAAGUUAUCUUUUUAAAUUCAUAUUUAUUGUGUCAGUCUUACGCUUUUUUCCAUAGUCAUUUUUUUUCUUUCCAUACAAGUUUCCGAAUUUAGGGAAACAAUAAAAUCACAGAAUUUUAAAUUCAAGAUUUUUAUAUCGAAGAACUACUGUAUACCAUCAUAUUAAAAAGAAAAAAUAGAAAAGCUGGGAUAAAGCUGCUUGAUAAAAACCUUGUCUACAAACUAGAUGAAAUCAUUGCUUUGAAUUUACAAUUAAAACUUCAAGAUUAAUUAGGUGUCACUCUAGUUGAAAUGGAGAGUCAAGAUUGGUUUACGGCUUUACACGAGGGAGACCUCCAGGUAGUGAAUGAAUUGAUGUUAGCCGGAGCUGAUGUAAAUGAGAAAUCAAAGGACGGAUCGACGUCACUUAUGGUAGCCUCAUUUAACGGCUACUGGGACAUUGUAGAACUGCUCGCUCAGCACGGAGCAGACGUGAACGAGAGGAACAACGAAGGGAACACAGCUUUAAUGAUGGCGGCAGAAAACGGCUUUGCAGAAAUUGUCCAGAUGUUGAUGUUGUACGGAGCUGAUGCUGAUGUGAAAAGGAACGAUGGAUGGAAUGCCUUGAUGAUUGCAUCAGUAAACGGAAAUACCGAAGUGGCCGAGGCGUUGCUUAACCCUGGAAAUCGUUCACAAUACAUUGAGUAUGGCAAGAACGGCUUUGAAGAAAAGGAUGACAUCUAUUUGACACUUAGAGCCGACGUCAACUUAAAGAGGUACGACGGCUUGACACCAUUAAUGAUAAGCUCUCAAAAUGGAAACACUGAAAUGAUAGAUCUGUUGAUCAAAUAUGGUGCAAGGCUUAACGACAUUAAUCACGACAAAUCCACAUCUCUAAUGUUGGCAGCACAAUCUGGAAGCGCUGAGAGUGUUGGAAAACUCUUGCAGUACGGUAGCAACCCACAUGUUUCAAACAGCCACGGAACAACGGCUUUAAUAAUAGCAACUAUUCAAGGUUGCUGUCAUGUGGUUGAAAUUCUGAUAAAAUAUAAAGUAGCCGUAGAUGCAAAAGACAUUAGUCAAUGGACAGCUUUGUUUUACGCCAUUCGGUAUAGAUAUUCCGAGAUUGUCAACCUUCUAUUACUGGCUGGCGCAAAUGUUAAUGAAAUAGGCACUGAUGGAUCGACCCCAUUAAGUUUGUCUUUGGAGUUUGGCAAUGUAGAGAUCGUUAAAAUGCUAUCCCCUUAUGCAUCAUCACGAGAAUGGAUGUUAAAACAGUCUUUGAUACCUGCUUGUCGAGCUAGUAACCUAGAAGUAGUGACCCACCUCUUGCAAUCGGGCGCUGAUGUAAAUGAAAUGAAUAGUGAAUCGGAAACAGCUUUAAUGAUCACAUCACAAAGGAACUAUGUGGAGAUUGUCAGAGAGCUUUUGAACUUUGAAGCAGACAUUAACUGUACUCAUUUAAGUACUAGAAAUACGGUCUUGAUGAUGGCGUCUGAAAAAGGUCAUUCUGAAACUAUUGAUGUACUUUUAGAUUAUGGAGCUGGUAUAAACGACGUUAAUAUAUUUGGUUUGUCUCCUCUGAUGUUUGCGUGUCUGAACGGGCAUGAUGGAGCAGUAGAAAAACUUUUAAACCGAGGUGCCAAAAUCAAUGAUGUGUGCUCUAAAAAUAAAACAGCCCUAAUGAUGGCUUCAGAAAAAGGCUUCACUUCUAUUGUCGAACUACUUAUAUUGCGCAACGCUCUGUUAGAUGUUAGCUGUAAAGAUGGCAGCUGCGCAUUGAUAUUAUCAGCAGACAAUGGACACAGUGAGACAGUAAAAUUACUUUUGGACAAAGGGGCGGCAAAAGAUAAGAGCGCGGCAUUGAUCAAGGCAGCUUUGAAGAACCAUCACUUGACGGUUAAAGUUCUGCUCGAUGCUGGAGCUAGAGUGGACCAUGUUGAUAACACUGGAUGGACAGCAAUGAUGUACGCUAGCAAAUUUGGACAUUAUUCGACUUUUGAGGUUCUAAUCACACACAAAAGCACAAUUAAUAAUUUGUGCUAUAAAGAGAUAGAAAGAGUUAUAGACAUCGCCUUGAAAUACAGACGUUACGACAUACACUACUUACUAAUCAGUACGUAUAAUAUCAAAAGUCGACCUAGUUUAAAAAAUUCAACGUCGCCUAGUAACAAACGUGGUCACGUGGACCCUAGAAGCGGAAGUGGUUCCAGAGUGAAUGGCGAUGUAACAAAGCGAACGAAGGCGACCCGAGAUGCUCCACGGGACGGCACGAACUUGAUGCUUCAGUUGGAAUCGCCAGACAACUCCAAUACGCCUUCAACAUCAUCUGGCAGACGUGUACUUCACGCUUUAGGAGAUGAUAUAUGGAGCGAUAGCUGUAAUAUCCUCCCGGUCAGUGGACAGAUUCAAGUGGAAUCAACCGCUAGUCCACAAGUAACAGUAAUUCAUUAUGUGAAUAUAGAAAAGUGUGAAAGCGUACGUGUGGGCGAGGCUGACAAUGUCAACAUGACCCAUUCUGUGAAUACCAUCGUUGGAAAUGGAAAUAUUAAUGUCAAAAGACGUUAAAACUAUGAAGAUCUGAAAUCACAUUUGUGAGAUCUACAUAUACAUGUCAUUCAAAUUAUUCAAAUUAAUGUAGUUUUUGUUUUUAAAAAAAGCUUUUCGCUUUUGUUAUAAGCUCUUGUUGGAUGAAUCUGAUCACAAUUGAUCUACAUGUGUAUAUAUGCAUAGGCCUAUAUGUAUAUGCAGUAUAUGCAUAUGUGUAUAUGUAUAUGUCCAGAUGUUAACAGUUGUUGAAAAAAAUAUAACUUAUGGUUUAUUUCAAUAAUGUCAAUGUGAAUUUGUUAUUCAAUACAUUUUUAUUGAGCUUUUGUAUCACUAGUAAGACAACGUAUGCCAAAGGCAGUUUUUUUUUUUUUUUUUUUUGUGAGCUAAAAGGUGGUCGACGUAACAGAAGUGCCCCACGGAAACGCUUUAAGGACCAGCUUAAGCGCCAAUUUGCCGUAGCUGAAUUAGAGCACCUGGAUGCAUGCGGCCUCAAAACAAAACCUCAUAUCACUUGAUAGUUGGAGGUCACUCACGAAGGCCGCGGGAUAUACAUUUGAGAUCAAAUGAAAUUCCGCUGCCGAGGACAGACGCAGACGGCGAAAAGAAAAUCUUAAUCGGCCACCGGUGGACAAUGGUUAUGCUUGCCCUGGAAGGGGCAAAAUAUGUAGGUCACAGCUGGGGCUAAGUAGCCACGGAAAAUACUGCAUUCCUCGUUUAUCUUCGGACUCGAGGACAAGCGUUGUUAUUAUAAUUAUCAGUGCGUGGGAAUAUUGUGAGUGUGGUUUCAUGAAAUUUUUAGAAUUCAAAAUCCCAGAAUUGACCUUUAUAAAGCGUUGGUUCGAAAGCCAUACGUUUUUCCACUCGGCCACCAUGCUCUGCAUAGAACUCUUAUAUUUAUAUUCAUUAUAUAUAUAUUUUGAUUAUUAAAAAUAAACGUUUCUUUUUCUAUA